CAGAUCAACUGCAAGAACGGCAUAGAUGGGGUCAUUCAUGAAUCCGUGACAGAUGUUUUCGUCACCUCAAAAAUGUCAGAGAAGGAUGCCUUUAAUGAGGACUACGACAAUAUCGAAAAAGUCAUGAAGAAAGAGAAAUCAGAGCCGAGAACCGAAAAUGACCAAGGAUUAAUCAGCUCUCCACAAAUAGCCAUAUCUGUGAAAGAGGAACAAUGCACUAAAAGCGAUCAAGUGAUUUCACAAAUGCCAUGUGGGACGAACAUGGCCUCCAAAGGUUCUGAUAGGGCUCAGCCAACAACACUUCAAGCUGUUAAAGUGCAGCCUCAACUUGUCAAUACUUCUGGAAAAGCUAUAGAAAGUGGCAAACGAGAUGAAGCAGAAAAUAUAAAACAGAUAGAAGACGAUGAAACCGCGAUCUCGUCGACGGCUGGUGAAGUUAGUCACAACACAGCAAAUCUUCCUGGUGGAAUUUGCCACGAAAGUAUAACUGAACACGAUUCGAUCAGUGAGAACGCCGCGGAAGAUAACAAAAGCGAUGAAGGAAAAGUGAAAGAUAAAAUCACUUCAAACACUGAUGAAAAAGAAAAUUCAACACGAAAUCCGCGACAUGCACGAAGUUUGCCAAAGCCCCCCCGAGAAAGAGAAACGCAAAAGUCAAUGGAACAGCAAGGAUUUGACAACGAAGUUGACUUCUCUGUGGACAAUGUUCUUUGUUUUGCAUGGCAAAUAGCAAAAGGAAUGG